AUGCGCCUCUUGGGUAGCGACCUCGGCUUCAACCAGCUCGCUACGAUGCCGGACCUCUCCAAGCUCGGAAAACUCGCGAUUCUCAAGCUCCAAAACAACGCUCUCACGUCGCUCGGCACGUUCCCAAGCAACGUGACGACCAUCCUUGCCGGGAGCAACAAGCUUGCGUCGUUUCCGACAAACCUGCCGUCCAGUGUCCAAGCAAUGUACAUCAUGCUGCUGGUGUUCUUUUGCUAA